CUGUGACUUGCUGUUUUGUAGAAUCAAUUUGUAACCAACGGAUCAAUCUAGUAAUGUUUAUAUUUCACCGAUGUGUUUAUAUUUUGUUCGACGUUAGACGAUUAUCGCGCUACUGAUCUGCUAUACGAAUUACAACUGCUUAUUUCAUACGUUAACAGACUGGCACCUGGACGUCUAUUCUGUUAACACAGACAACCAGUCUAAUCAUAUAGUAGUAAAUUAUACGGACAAUUGGUUGUAAGAAUUUUGUAUGGAAUGAGAAACAAUAUGUGAAUGUGACUGAAUAUGUUACUCUUGUUCAACAAAAGUAUGAAUUAUUUAUAGGUAAUAAUGAACUGUUUAUUAGAUGGACAAAUUUGGAUUACAAAAUUACAAUGAAACUUAGUUGGUUUCCGGAUAUCAGAUGUAAUAAUAUGUUGUAUAUGAGAUGAACAAAUUUGGAAUACAAGUAAAAAAAAAUCAUGUAUAUUAUUUUGGAUAUAAAACCUAAUUGUAGGUCACGGAAAUAAAUUGUUAUAUAUGUAAUAUAUUGGAUAAGGGAUGAUAUUAAAUAGUGUUCAGGUCAAACAAUGGGCUGGUUUUCACAUUUUAGACAGCACCUCAAAAGUUGCAACUCAUUUUUGUAAGACCAUGACGAAGGACGAAAGUAAAUCUUAACCUAGUUAGAUUUAGGAACCUCUUAUCCAUGUAAGGGCAUAUGACAGAGUGAAUAUAACUUCCGUUUCCUGUUUCUCAUUCUCCAGAACGGAUGCACUAUCAGUUUCCGGUUGUGUACUCUUCAAUCUUCGAUGUUCAAUAAAUGUAUGGUUACAGAGGAUGUUUUGGUCAGGUCAUGGAAUAUAAUGGCCACGGUGUUAAUUAAUUGAAUUGAUGUCGCUGCUGGCAUUAUACAGCCGGCAAGUUGAAUACAAAAGCAUGCUGGGAUAUUGAAUUAAUUCGUGAUAUGAAAGUGUUAUGAUUACAAUAUCAAAUGUAAAUAUCCAAAGCACAGAAGCUCUGUAUAAUUGCGAGAUUCGGAUCGUUGUAUCGGAGUGUAAAUAAAACUGUGAUCCUGAAAAUGACAUAAAGUAAAUUUGCAUAAUGCUAUAUAUAGAUUAAUUUGGAAUACAAUACUUUUUAGUGAUUAUUACCACAAGAGAAUAUUAUUUACACCGGCAAGGAGUGGAUUGGAUUUUCAACGGACGCUAUUGUUCAUUGGUUAAAAAUAUAAUUACCAAGGAAAAUACUGUGCAAAUGGAAAAUACUAAAGUUGCUUUAAAAUUCUGUGACAAAAGAGACGGCUGCCAUAUUGAUUUAUCUUGUAAAUCAUGCUAAUAAUCUGUGAUAAUUUUAAAUGAAGGUAUUAUAUGGAAACGGUAUCUCAUCACUAAAAGUGUGAUUUUACAAGCCUGUUUCGAAGAUAAUGUGUGGUUAUAAGGUAAUGAUGUGCAUAUCGGAAAGGGUAUUAUUUAAUAAGGCUGGUUAAAUUGGUGAUUGGUAAUAUAGGCUGAAUUAGUCAGAAAAUAUAGAAGAAAAGGCUCGGAGUACCGUGUUAUCGACACUACCUGUGAAAAUUUAUCUGUUGGACUGAUUCUUAUACAAAACUUAGGUGUUCCAUCCUUAGAUACUUGGAAUUAUAACUUCUGUUCGAAAACGUGUAUGAAAGAAAGUUUACAUCUUGGGAGAGAAAAUUACAGCAGCUGUUUCUGCUUGCAGCUAGUUUACUCGGGUUCAAAGGUCAUAUAUUGAUUUCAGUUUUUAAUAUGCUGUUGAAAGCAAAAUAAUGUAGUCUUUUAGCUUAAAGAACUCCGUUUAGCAAUUAAUGUAGAUACAGCAGACUGGAUACAGCAGACUGGGUGUUAUUUGAACAAAUUAUUUGAAUAAAAGUUUGCAAAUAUGUAAAAAAUACCAUUUCCGCUAGAAAAAAAUAUAUUGAUGUUAAAGGUAGAUUAUGACGAACCAGCAGGACGCGGACAACCGCGUUAUUAUGAAUGUAGGUGGUAUACGGCACGAGACGUAUAAAGCCACAUUAAAGAAAAUUCCCGCCACUAGGCUUUCUCGCUUGACGGAAGCUUUGGCAAACUAUGAUCCUGUACUCAAUGAGUACUUCUUUGAUCGCCACCCGGGCGUUUUUGCCCAGAUAUUAAACUACUAUCGAUCAGGGAAGCUCCAUUAUCCAACAGACGUCUGUGGCCCACUGUUCGAGGAAGAACUAGAGUUCUGGGGCUUAGAUUCAAACCAAGUGGAGCCGUGUUGUUGGAUGACCUACACAACGCAUAGAGACACUCAAGAUGUGCUUGGGAUAUUAGACAGGUUAGAUUUAGACACUGAUAAACCCACCGAAGAUGAUAUUAUGAAAAAGUUCGGCUGGGAAGAACAACAUAGGGCCGGAGAACUGAAUUUCUGGCAACGCAUACAACCAAAAAUCUGGGCGCUCUUUGAUGAACCAUAUUCCUCAACUUCCGCAAAAAUCAUCGCCGUUGUGUCCGUGUUUUUCAUCAUCGUCUCAAUCCUUUCAUUCUGUUUAAAGACUCACCCUGAGAUGCGAGUACCUGUUCUUAGUAAUGCUACAACCAACAUUUCUGACAAGAACAUUUCAUGGAGAUUAGAAAAACAAAGAACGGAACCGCACGAAGCGUUCUUUUAUAUAGAGUGUGUGAGCAAUGCUUGGUUUACGUUCGAAAUUAUUAUACGUUUUGUGGUAGCACCUAUUAAGUUAGACUUUUUAAAGGCACCUGUAAACAUUAUCGAUAUCGUAGCAACACUCUCCUUCUAUCUAGACUUCCUUUUAACCAAAUUAAAGCAAGAGAGCGACAUCUUGGAGUUUUUCAGUAUAAUACGUAUAAUGCGUUUAUACAAGCUAACCCGUCAUUUUGCCGGUCUCAAAAUUUUGAUACACACUUUUAAAGCUAGCGCAAAGGAGUUAGUUCUACUGAUAUUUUUCCUAGUGUUAGGUAUUGUGGUUUUCGCCGCUCUGAUAUUCUAUGCUGAGAGAAUACAAUAUAACCCAACCAAUGACUUCGAAAGUAUUCCAGUUGGACUCUGGUGGGCUAUUGUCACCAUGACAACAGUUGGCUACGGUGAUAUGGUCCCAAAAACUUAUGUGGGCAUGUUUGUUGGUUCGUUGUGCGCGCUCACUGGUGUAUUAACCAUUGCACUUCCGGUUCCGGUUAUAGUCAGUAACUUCGCACUAUUCUACUCUCAUACUCAAGCAAGAUCGAAAUUACCGAAAAAGCGAAGAAGAGUUUUACCAGUAGAGGCUCCAAGAGGGCCUAAGGGCCCCAAAGGCGUGGGCGGAGGCGGGCCCGGGGGCGGGGGACCACAGAACAGACGGAUGAACGCAAUAAAACAUUCCCAUCCGGGCGCUUUGGACGUCAAGAUGGGGAGAAUGGGUCCGUACCAUUAUGGGACAGGCGUCGGUCCAAGAUAUUAUUACUAUAGCGAUCCAGUAGGCCGAAAUGGUGAGGAGAGCAUACCUAUGUUAAUGAUGAACCAUACAGAUAAGGAAGAUUCGACUCCUGGCAUGCCACCCCGAUCCCGACCCAAUGCAUCCGAAGUGAAGAACACACCAAGACUUGUAGAAAUUACAUCUAAUCCCGGCACUCCCCUUAAAGUCACUGAGAUAUCUGACAAGGAAGAAAAACCAGUGCUGUCUAAAAGUAAUCCAAACAUCCCAGCCGACGGAAAACCGUUCACUCAGUCGGGACGGAAGUCGUUCCCAAAUCAAGAUUUCAUCCCAUCAAAUAGACCUCUAUUAUGCCAAGAUGCCUCUUCCAAUGCACUAGCCAGUAUAAUGAAGCAGCCAGCGGGCAACUCAAACACAGGGCUGAAUUCCAAGCCUAACUCUACCGUUCCCGCAACGCAAACCAACGCAAACUCUCAUUCAGCAAUUCACACAAAUGCAAAUACUAAUUCAGAUAUUGUGAAAACGACAGAUGUUAUAGUUCGGGACGCCAGCUCAGUAAAAUCUGCUAAUUCGGUCAGUACUGAACAACGAUCAGCAAAUCAGUCGCCUAACAAUAGUCCCCAUGCUUCGAAUAAUUUAGUUGCUGUAAACACGUAGCACUGAAAUUAAUUUAUUAACCAUUAUGAUGGACUGAAGUGUGUUUAUAGUGAAGUGUCAGUAGAUUGUAAGAAUUCUGUUUGAAAACGAGGCUUUAUGAAAUACACCAGCUAAAGGAGUAGAAACGAGGCUGUUCAAUGUUGAAAAUCCGUCUGGGCAUGCGCAGAAGUAGGUCCGGAUGUAACAUUUUGUCAAGAGAGAGAAUGAGAUAUGACUUGCAGAAUAAUUAUGCCAUAAUUAUUUAUUGGGAGUAAUUAUGAUAGAAGAUAGAUGUUGACGGUAAAUAAUCAGUCAUCGAAUUCUUCCCUUUCAUUGUUGAAAUAUUUUAUAAACUGUGUCCAGCGUUAGGGGAGAGUGUGUCAAUACUUUAGUCGUACUUUCAUCAUCCUUUCCAACUGCUUAUAUGUGUAAUAUGAAGAUUGAUAUAUAAUGUUAAGGGGUAGACACAAAAGCAACGUUAGCAAAACGGAAUAGAAACUGAGAAAAAAAACCUGAAGAGGGAUGUUAAAAAUGUUUGUAUGAAAGAAUGGUCGGUCAAAAUGUUUCAAGAUUGUUUAAGUAGUGUUAUGUGUACGAAGAGAAUAGGCUCUUUAUUUGAAGUAAUUAAGGGUGCAGUUUCAGCUGCAUUUCAUGAUAUCUACAAAGUGAAAACUCUCUUAUUCGACAGCGUUUUACCACCGGUCCAACAGAGUUUAAAUAUGUAUAUAAAUCAAAUGGAUUCUCUGAAAAAUAUUUACAUUUUAUAAACACGUUGUUUGUUAGUAUAUUGGAGGCAAGAGAAAAAUGAUAAUAUGCCGAAGAUCAACGUUUCGCUGGCAUUGUUGUAGAGAAAAGUAACACAUAGUAAGCUAUCUAGAGUGAGAACAAGACGCAAAUCAAAAAACUGCUUAUAGGACUGCAGUAAAUGUUAAAAAAAGACAGGAACGAACUGCAAAAUAAGGAGCCAAUAACUCUUGUGAAAUAGGUGUAUAGUUUGUUGAAGGAGUUGACCAAAUAACUUAUUUAACCUAUGAUAUUUCCGAAUGCAAUUCAGCUUAAACGAUGUUUUUCAUAACCGUUUUGAAUGUACAUUUUAAACAUGUUAUUUGUUAAUUGUUUAAAUUUUAUUAUUUGUUUUAAAGAACACUCAGCCGACUCGUAAUGAUUCCAUAAAUCACAUUCGACAUGUGCUUUGCACAAAGGGUAUUAUGGCACCAGCAAGGCGUGAUACAGUUGUCAGUUUGAUAUAUAAGGUAAUAUAAUUAUAUCACAACAUAAUGUAAGGAUAAAAUUUUGAUAAUGUAAGGAUACUAUAUGGACAUAAGGAUAAAAUUUUGAUAAUGUAAGGAUACUAUAUGGACAAUAUAAGGAUAAAAUUUUGGUAAUAUAAGGACACUGUUAGGACAAUAUGAGGAUAAAAUUUUGAUAAUGUAAGGACACUGUUUGGACAAUAUAAGGAUAAAAUUUUGAUAGUGUAAGGACACUAUUGGACAAUAUAGGGAUACAACAUGGAUAAUAUAAAACAGUAACAGCAGUGUACUGGUGUAAUUUUGAUAAUAUGAGGACGCUUCUAGGUCAAUAUAAGGAUACAAUAUGGAGGAUAUCAGUAAGAUAUGGAUACAAUAUGCGUAUGAGGAAAGUUGGAUACAAUGAAAGAGUCGGACCUGAGUUAGGUCAAAGCAGUAAUAGUUAACGAAAUUUACCAUCAUGGAUAAAUAUCACGUCUUGGUGAUGUGUGAUAACCGUUACAAGUGUGAAGGUGUGUCAACUGUGAUAAAAUGUAUGAAAUAGUUGGAUUCUGUUACCUGAGACUUUGUACAACUACAGAAGGGUUCAUAAAAAGGUAUAAUCGUUUGCAAGUUAUCGAUAAGGUACUGAUUUAAAAGAGGCAAGCGUCCAGAUUUAUGUCACCGUUCGAAAUUUAGGUCGUAUUUUCAUUUGCCAGUAACUGCAAGCAGAUUCAUCGAGUUCUACACAAUACCAAUUUAUGAAAACAUGUAUGUUUUUGUAGAAUUAAGCAUUUACUGUGCUAAGCACACAGUCAAUAAGAAAUCGAUGUUAACAGAUAAAUGUAACUGUAAGUGAUAUCAUACCCAUAAACUUCGAUAGCACUGAUUUCUCGCGCAAUUUUCAUUGUGUUCUGUAGUAGCCAGCCUUUCUGUUCUUUCAGUACUUUCAUUUUAUAAUGAAAUCCAUAUCUAAAAGCAUACAUGUUUGAAAUUUUACUUACUAGGUGUCAGUAUAAUGUGACUGGGUUGGGUAUCACGCCACGUGUCUACAGCGUGACAUUCCAGUGAGGCAGUACUAUAAAGUUGGACAUUGUGCUCACUGCUACAAGUAGACAUCGUCGUUUAUAUGACAGAAAAAUUAUGGGAAAAGACGUUAAACCUGAACACACACAUACUUAUUAGGUUUUGCUGUGUAAGUCUUGUAAAUGUUUACUACCUUUACAACAACUUAUAUUACGUACAACUGUCAAGUAGCUGCUCCUUUUCUGUAGUCCCACCUUUUGUUCAAGACAGUGAUGUUAAAAUAUUACUGUUAGAUCUACAUACAAAAAUCAUUACUAAAUGGAAUAUUUAAUUUUCCUGUUCUAAUUUCAAAGAGCAUUCGUCCAGAUAUUAAAUUUUCAUUUUUGAUAGAUAAUUACGAAUAUGAUGUGUAUAAUUAAGUCAUAAAUUAUCAAUGUUAAAGUCGAUAUAUUAGGAGUGUCAUGUAAAGUAGACGUCAUAUUUCUACUGUGCGGCGAGCGCUGUAGACGGCUUUUCUUUUUACUGUGUGGCGAACGCUUUAGACAACUUUUCUUUAUUUAAGAAUAUACUGAGCAUACUCGCUCUAUGUUUUACAUUUCAUGUACAAUAACUAACGUCAAAUACCGAGAAAUGCGACGUAAAUCUGGAAGCAUGUCUCAUAAUAAUUGAGGAGGGUGUUUUGAAACUAUGGGUAUCAGUACUAUAUGUGAUGUAACGCACAUUGCCAGUUAAUUAAACUGUCAAGUCAUUUAAUCUAUCUAUAGAUUUUAAAGUUAAUUCAUAAAUUGGAUGUAAUUAUUAAAAUGCAUUGUUUCUAUAUUAGCAGUAUUUGAAUUUUAUUUCAAAUUUUACGAAAUGUUUUCUUUUUUUUGAUAAUUGCCAUUAUAUUGCAUCUUGUUUAAACGUGAUAUAUGGAACGCCGACAAUGUGAUUAUACUGCAUUUGUAAACAUUGCUGUAAAACUUUUUUAUUUGUUUGCAUCUGCUAAUACAGACAGACAGUCCAAUGCUAUCUAAGUGAUUUUACACAAAAUGCAUAAGGAUGGUAGAAGUACGUAGGAUCUUUUAUAAUUCCUUACUUACUAGCAUAUUAUAUAAUACAAAAUGUUUGUAGAAAUUACAGAAGAAUCUGUGUGAUUUUCUCAUUAUAGCAUAAUUAUAUAAUGUAAAAAGGUAUUACAAUAUAUGUUUUGUCCUCAUACUUAAUUCUCAAUUACACGAAAACAAAGCAUUUUCAAUUUAUAUGGGUAUACCAUGCAUAACAUCCAAACACAGAGCAGAGAUUCCUUCAGGUACUAGCACAGGACAAACAGUCCUAGUCAGUAAACUAGCGUUAUCAUUUUCCACGAGGGUGUUAUUUUCAAAUUUGUCUGUAAUAAAAGUAAAAUUUAUUAGAAUGCCCAAAUUUAACAAAUGGCAUUUCUAGUUCGUAAUAAUUUACUGUCUGUGCAAUGCUAAAAACAUUAAAAAUCAAAACAAAAUUCAAUAUUAAUUUUGUAAAUAAGAUUGAGGAAAAAAUCUAAUAAUUUAAAUUGUCACUAAAUACGACAAUGUCCUCGCGCUAUUUUACCAAGAGCAAAUAUUCAUUCGCUGGUCACGCGGAAAUAGUAAAAAUAGUUCCGAUGACAACGUGGAAAAUUUGAAAUCUGCAAGCCCUGUAUUGUAUCGACCAAUAUCUACUGACUCCAAUAGCAUUUAUCCUCUCAUCAUUUGCUAGUUAUAUAAUGAUUCUUAUUUAAACUGUCUUGUUAGUAUACAAUGUGUAAGAAAAUGUUAGUUGUCAACAAUCUCAAAACAUACAAAAUAUACAUUGUACAGCCCAUUAAGUGUUCAAUGUUUAUUAAAUGGUAAUAUUGUUUUGUACAAUAAUAAAAUUGACAUGAAAGACGUAUAGUGUCUAAUUAUUCAGCGCUGUGUCCAAUUCAGUAUCUUAUUCUAUAUCUAUUUUGUUUAUCCAAUCGCGAACGUUUAUUUGCAUCACGUGGCCGUACAAUAUAUUACCGUAUUGGACGCACGUGUAACUGUAAACUUUAGAUAAAUGUUGAUUUAAACACUGACGAUUUCAAUGACAAUGAACUACAUUGACCCAUAUUUCGUUAUUCUGUUUCACGUAGUUGAGAUUAUAAUUUGUACCAGGGAAAGCCCAGUCCUUUUAAACACGAGGAUAAUUUGCAUUAUAUGUUUCAACUGCAUGGAGAUAUUCAAUAUGUUAUGUCUUUCAUAAUAACUCAUGACAAUUUAAUAAUCCUUAUAUAGGUAUACUGUUUUUGCGAUGGUCCAAGUUGCAUGAAAUCAUUUUCUCAACAUGUCAUUUGUAAAAUGUUCUGUUAUAAAGGGAUUCGUUUAAUUCUAAAAAUAAGAGUGUAGAAUUUCUAAUUUUACAUGCUUAUAGUCUCCUAACAUGCUACCAUAUCAAUCUUGAUAUUAUUUAAUUUAUCAAUCUUUAAUUAUAUUAUAUUUAAUUAAGUAAUAUUACAUACAAAAAUGAAGAGAUAGACUUAAAGGGAGGUAGGUAAUCCAUGGUUUAAAUUGGUCAUUUACAUAUUCUUCUUAUGUGAUUUCGACACUUUUCGGUAUUACGGAAAGUCACGUGCACAUUCGGCUACGAUUGCAUCCGGACAAAGCCGAAUUGCACAGCGAAAGUACGUACUCGUACGGAAAUUGCCGAGUCUGAUUACGGGUCUGUUAAUUGAAUGGCAAUGUCAUUAGCGAUUACUUUUUUAAAGAAACAGCGGAAGGGUUGGUGUUCAUUCUGUAAGGUUAAUGUUGCCUAAAGUAAUGCAAACUCAGAUGUUGGUCAAGUCAGUUAUUUUUUUGAAUUCCAUUAAAAUUGAAAAUAAAUUUCUGCAUUUCAUUGUCGUGCUUAUGAUGGACGUUUUUCACGGCCAAUACUCAAUCAAAUAUAUUUUACGUUUCAUAACGCAUGUCAAAGUACAAUUCGUACCAGCUGUUUUGUCUGAGCUGUUAAAGUUUCACGGCAUAUUCAUAUAACGUUAAUAUUUAUGAUGUGUAUUUCAGGACGGACAUACUGAUAUUAUCACGUUUAACUUCAGACCUGUCUCGUCCUUGAACUUGUUCAAACGAGUGGCAUGCGUUGACUUGUUUGCUUAUACGAUAAGUUCUGUUUCAGAAAUAAUUUUUCAGAAUUAACACAUUAUGCGUUUCUUUGAUCUCAGUCUAAAAUUUUUAAUGAUAGUAACAAAUUCGGAUUAAGUUUUGGAAACCUACUGACAUAUUACGUCACUACUCUACAUGUCAUUACACUGGAGUAGUGACGUAAGAUAUCCAUGAAUUUCGGCAAUGAAUAUUCCGAUAACACUUCUAACAGUGGUAAAUUAUUGCAAGAUAAAUAAAAACGAGUCCUUCAGGUGCCAAUUUUCGCCAAUGGCCAAAACCACAUGUAGAUACCAUUCCAAUUAUAAUAUUACUUUGCAAAGGUGAACAUGGCACUCACGUCAAAAUUAUGUUAUCAACUUUGUUAAGAUUUGGCUUUUUCCCUUCGCGUCUAAAUAUGUUACGAUUUCACGAAAUGACAAAACAUUUUAUGUAGUGAUUAAAUAUAAUGAACAAAAAGAUACACUUGUAUGACAAUUUUCAACUUCUUGUCAUGUUACACUAUUAGAAACUCAGUUAACACUGACCAAACACUAAUACAGCGCCAGGUAAGCUGAUAUUGUAAUGCAGACAUUCGGUAUGUUAUAUCAUAGCCGACUCUUAAGGCUAUUUAUGUACACUGUAUACUUUAAAGUAUUUAGCUGGAUAUACCUCAAGGUGCACAUCACAAUACCAAAUGAAAGCAAUCAAUGAAUUAUUGAACUGUUAUUUUAUAUGCUGAUAUUUUAUGAAUGUGAUAUCAAUUGUUUCUCUUUACAUGACAUUUCUGCUCUGUGGACAACGCUAUAGAGAUAACUAUAUACAUUUUACAGACUAGAUGAGUAGUUUGUACAUAUAUACUGCCUAGAACACUAACUUUAUCUUUACCUAUUAUUUAAAUUGUACUUACAAAUGAAAAAUUGUUUUUUAAAUUAAACAAAUUUACAUUAUCUUGAGAUAUGCCUCUUUAACUGAAUGAUACAUGUGUAUGAGGCAAUGAGAAUAGUUGAACUCGUUAUGAGAACAGUCCAGGAUAUAUUUAACUGAUAUUUAUAGUUAGGUGUUCUUUAUCAGUAAAGUCCAGGAUAUAUCUAACUGAUAUUUAUAGUUAGGUGUUCUUUAUCAGUAAAGUCCAGGAUAUAUCUAACUAUAAUUAUAGUUAGGUGUUGUUUAUCAGUUAAGUCCAGGAUAUAUCUAACUGAUAUUUAUAGUUAGGUGUUCUUUAUCAGUAAAGUCCAGGAUAUAUCUAACUGAUAUUUAUAGUUAAGUGUUCUUAAGCGACUUUAACACAGAUUUGUCUGCAUAAUUACAAAGAUAGAAUUUAGUCAAGAUGGUGAAAAACAACGAAAAUAAAUUAAUUACUCAAAGUACUUGUCAUGGAAAUAUAUCUAUUUUCGUUAAACAUCUGAACAAUUUGAAACAAAUAAAGUAUCUCAUAGGCCGCUUAAACAGUUCAUACAUUUUUCGUAUGAAAUUUAUUAGAUAAUGUUAAGACAUCCAUUAUAGUUUAAAGUCACAUAUUAGCUAUAAAUGAGAAACUGCUAUUGGAUUAAACUUGUUAUGUUUAUCACAAUAUUCCUAUAACUGACACUUACGUAAACAGGGAAUACAUUUCAGGAAGCUUUAUGCACCAAUGCCAAUGGAAUAAAUAACAAACACCCCCCCCCCCCCCCACGAACACACACACCCCGCAAAUUCACAGGUUUUUGUAAAUACGUCGAGCCGAUUGUAUAAUUUCUAACGUUUUUGGACAAAAGUAUAUCAUACGAUUGCAAUAUCUCUAGUCGCUUGACGAAACCGUUCACCGAAAUCAAUUAAUGUCAGAACGUAGUAAAUUUGUAUAAACCAAAGGUCUAAAACCAUACAGCGAAAUAUCCUUAAAUCGUAACAACUAAAUGAAAUCUCGUUUUCUAGAAAGACGCUUUCUUUGCUCUUUACUUAACAAGCGUCUAGCCGUUUGAUACAUUGAUCACAAGGAUACGUUAUUCCACGAGAAAUGGCCAGUUACGAGUAUAUUGUUUAUGAAUCAUUUGUAUUAACCAAGAAAACAUGUUUUUUAUCAUGUUUUUGUAUUAGACUUUUGACAUCUGACAGAGUAUAUGUAACCAUGAGAGACUGUUCGAUCAUGUUUUAAAUUAUUCAGUUUGUACUUUUGAUUGUUGAUAUGUUAUAAUAUGCUUUAUAUUUGACUUCUGGAACUAUUUUGUCAUUUUUUCACUCGCGUAGUAAUACAUUCACAGCUGAUCACACGAUAUGUCUGGAUAAUAAAAUAGUUCAUUUUCAA